UAUAAAUGUAGUCAUCAUCGAGUCAUAAAGUUACAUAACUCCCCGAGGCAAGAAUCAUUUACACCUCAGGCAUAAAGAUUCCGGUCGCAAAAAGGGUUCAAUACGUAACGAUACCACCAUUCCUUUGCACGAAACCAGCCAUCCCCCCUAUCCAAUACCAUACCAUACAACAAUACGAAUACACUCACACCUCCCUCUCCCGUUGACCAAGUCCAAGUCCCCCAACGACUGCCCCGACGAAAGGAAAAAAAAAGAGAAAAAAAAACCCUUCAAGGCGAGCACUUCGUGUCUGGAUUUUAGCAUCGCAUAACACCACCACAACGCCCUUUUUAUCAUUCUUGAGCGAUUUAUUCCUUCUGGAUGACCUCGCUCAACCCAUCCCCCUCGUUUUUAGCGCGUUAAUCGGAUGUUGUGCUGGUGAAAUAGGCUCCAUGCUCCGUGACGAGCUUCUCCGGUCCAAGAACGAUGAAAUCGCACGAUGUUUGUUGUCGCGGAAGCGCAAAUUGAGUGAGCUCUACUUUGCGACCGUGGGCUUAGCCGGCGCGACCGACGGCGCUUCGACCGAUUCGCGAUAUCACCAUAAGGAGCAGGCGUUUUUGGACGCCAACGACCUGGCCAAAGGCCACCACUUUGAUGAAUCUACUCUUCCACCUCUGCCCAACUAUGCUACUCUCUUACCACGGCCGGAGGCUAAGGAGGCAGGCCCCCCAGCAGCUGAUGUUGGCGCAAAAGGACCACCAUCGCAACUAGAUGGUGUUUCUACGCCUGCCGGGGGUGCUGUCGACAAGGCACACCAGCAUCCCCCUGUAAGGGUUAGGCCUGUCGCACAUGCUGAGCAACCUGGCGUAGUUCAGUCUCACGCGCCGGGUCCCGCCCCCGAAACUGUGCAGGAAGUUGGCGUGCCGUCUCCUGCAGGUACUCAUCCCGCCCGAUUAUCCAUUUCAGAGCGGAAGGUUUCUGUGCCGGGGACGCCUCAGAGCACUCAUGGUUUCGAAUCGGCUGGGCCGACUCCGACGGCCGCUGUUCCUGAGAAGAUCCAUGACAAGCGUCCGUCGCUUGCUCUAGGGCAUUCCAGCUAUCCUCCUGAUCAGCAACCUCUCUCCCCCGUAUCUUCGGCUGGUCACUAUUCUGGCCAUACUUCUAUUCCUACUACCACCUCUCCCGACACCAGUCCUGCUGAAGAAGCGACUGCCGCAGCGCAAGAUGCCAGCCAUAAACCGAAGCAUGAUACUUCUGUGCAUGCACCGCCCGGCCUGGUUUCAUCGACGCCAGACGAACAGCUUCGCUUGGAAGAAGCGCAGUCCAUCCAGCAUGCCAGCAAGUCUAUUGAUGACCCUGCCAGUGUCAAUAUCCCAUCUUCGAACGAAAUAAUUCAGGUUUCGACUCCAAGUAUACCAAAGGACCAACCAGCGCCACUGCCUUCUGAAGUGAAGAAACCUGAUGGAGUUAUUGAACCAGUGAAUGACGCUCUGGUCCCGACACAGCCAGAAACACCACGACCGCCUGUCGAUGCAGCUCCAAAGGCAACGCCGUCUGGCCCUACCGCAUUGAAGAAGGCUCAAACAACGCCUGGGCCGCCUCCAGAGAGGAUGACCACGCGAGUUUCUUCUGGUGCCAUUCGCCACAAGUCUGUGUCUGAGAUCUUAGGAGAAACACCAAAGCGUACGGUCUCUCCAUCUGAGAAAGAGUCGCCACGGGCUGCCAUGACUCCGGAGAAGAGCCCGCCCGAAUCCCCGGCUCGAAUGCGUUUCAAGGAUCGCAAGGACCGCGAAAAGGAAAGGAGUAGACUCUCGACCGUUGUAUUCCCGAAGCAGCAGCAACUACAGCAGCAACAGCAAGAGAAAGCUGAUUCGUUGAAUCUUGUGCGCCAAAACAUCGGUGAUCUGGCUAGGCUGAAUGAGGAGCAGGACUAUUUGUUUACCCUAUUCCAGAGCAAGGCUUACGCUCCUCCUCGAGGCACUAACCUCGGCACACUUGUUGCCUCUGCGCACAAGACGCUGAGCACUAGCAAUCAUCUCGUCGAGUACCAGGAGCAAAUGGAUUGUCGCACUCUUCGUCGGAUUUACGCGCUGCAGAAUGCCAACAGAUGGCCUCUUCGCCAGUACAAGCGUUCAAUUGAGCCUCCGCGCCAAGGGACCCACUGGGAUGUGCUUUUGGACCACAUGAAGUGGAUGCGAACGGACUUCCGGGAAGAACGCAAAUGGAAGAUCGCGGCUGCAAAAUGCUGCGCGGACUGGUGCGCUGAAUACAUCAACAGCGACCCUGAGCACCAGACGUUGCUGCGUGUGCAGGCGAAGAUUCCGUCUCGGAAGGCGGACGCGGAGGGAAGCCACAACCAGAAGACCGACAUGAUCUCGCCUCCCGAAAUGGGCGACGAACCGAUGGCAGGCGUCUCUCACCCUACUCCAGACCUAAUUCCCUCAACAGAGGAAGAUUCCGUGGACGAAGCUUUCAAUGACGAACCGCGCCAUGACUUACCUAAUACUGUUGCACCUGCAGCUAUCUUCUCAUUGGGAUCGGACGAAUUCACAUUCUCCCUCGAUAUGACACCGGCCGCUGAGAAAAUUCUUGACGAACUCCCUAUAUACACCCCUGUCAAUAUCGCUCCCGAUACCAAACUUCCGACAUUCAAGGCCCCUCCUGAUAUUGCUUGGAAGACAGAUAUUCUCCCAGUCUCCAAGUAUGCGACUGGCAAGAUCCGUUUCAGCGAAGAAGGGCCGCCGAGAAAGCGAAGCCGCUACGACUAUUCGCAAUAUGAACCAGAGGAGCCACCUUUGUUGGAGUGGACACCAGAACAGACCAACGUUGCUCUAUUCCGACCGGAAAACCAGCCUAUUCGCGACCGGAUUCACCCUGGCCAUUCUUUCCGACCGCCAACCGAAUAUCCUAUGCCGUCUGUCGGGUUCUUUGAAUCAAGGCAAUCAUCCCAGUGGACGUACGCAGAGGACGAUGAGCUACGACGCCUUGUGAAGGAUUAUCCAUACAACUGGUCGCUCAUUUCCAGCUGCCUUUCGCCAUCGUCACCGUUCACGUCUGGUGCAGAGAGAAGGACGCCGUGGGAAUGUUUUGAGCGAUGGAUAGGGCUGGAAGGAUUGCCAGCGGAUAUGUCCAAGACACCAUAUUUCCGGGCUUACCAUCAGAGGCUGGAGACGGCGCAGCGAAACGUGCUCGCACAACAGCAGGCCGCCCAACAACAACAGGCACAGCAGCCAAACGCACCGCCGGUCCGUAGGAGGACAACACAACCUCUUCGAGUCGACCGCAGAAGGUCUUCUAAACACAUUACUUUGCUUGAUGGAAUGCGCAAGUUGGCCAAGAAGCGGGAGACUAUGCUUCAAAAGCAGCAACAUGCUUCUCACCUGGCUUCGAUGAGAAAGGUCAAUGAGGCCAAUCAACCGAAGCCCCCGAUCACGACGCCUGCUGAGUUCAGUCGGCUAAAGUACGAGCGGGAAAUGAAGCUGCAGGAGAGGCAAGAACAAUACCGGCAGCAGAUGAUUGCACAACAAAGGGCGAAUCUGGCUGCUCAACGUGGGGGUCAAGUGCCCAACCAGCAACCAAUGAUAAACGGCCAAGCUGGAAGGAAUCCAAACGGUAUGCCUAAUGGUGCACCUGGAAUGCCAAACGGCGCACCGAAUGGGAUGCCGAAUGGCAUGGCAGCUAGCGUUAGUGUUAACCAAGGUCGUCCCAUGCAAGGAAUGCCUGGUGGCGCACCCGUCAAUGGCCCCAUGGCGCCGAAUCCGAUGGCGAUGAAGAUGAUGCCCCAAGCGGGGAUGCAGCAGACCACCGGUGGUCGACCCGGAUUGCCGAUGCAAACUUCUCCGGAUAACACACGAGUCAUCCGGGAGGCGAAUCGUCUUCAAGAGCAGCAACGUAUCCUGCAGUCUCGACAGCAACAGCCACAGCAAGCCCAGCAGCAAUUUCAUAAUCCGCAGCAGUUUGGGCCGCAGGGAUCUCACUCCCCCAAUCUCAACAUGCCAAACGUCAACGGCACGCCGAACAACCCCGCUAUGAUGGCAGCGCUUCAAGCCAAUGGUGGAAUCCAAAGCCCACCUUUCCACAACGGCACUCCCCAGGGGGUGUCUACGCCUUCUCCUCGGAUGGGACAACCGAACCCGCUUUCCAGUGGAUUGGUUCCGACUAUCAGCAACAUUCAAAGCCAAAUCCAACGGGCUCAUCCGAACAUGCCUCCUGAACAAGUGACUAAACUGGCCACGGAGCGUCUACACCAGUACCAGCAGCAGCAACAACAGCGCAUGUCUCAAGCCGCCAUGAACGCCGCUGCGGGUAAUAUUGGCAGUGUCCAAGCCAACUAUCAGGUGUCGCCCGACUUCCACCAGCCUCAAGCGGGAGCCAACGGCGGGCCUGGCAUGCAGGUACCUCAAACGCAAGGAUAUUCGCCUAUGAUGCGAGUUCCGCAGACUGCCCAGCCGAACCGCGUAAAUGCUGGGUCACCUGCCAUGAACGGAGCCGUUGCUCAACAGAGUCGGAGUGCAACUCCACAGGCACAGCGCACGAGUAGUACUCAAGGGACCGCUGUUCCGGGUUCUAACAAAAGCCCGAACCUUCCACAAGCGCAAACCGCUACGAGCUGAGACUUCCAUCCGCUUGGCCGAUAUCCUUACCUCACCUUUCUCUUUACGCUUCGAUUGUACAUAUUGUUUUCACGAACGCUUUUUAAACCCCCUUCUUUUGAUCAUCCUUUCCGUUUCUCCCCACACUCGAUCCGCAAUGCGGAUGUUAUCCCACUGCUACUGCUACACCCUGAUUUCUCCGUACCGCCUCACCUGUUGUCGUUACUUUGCCUUCUCUCCUCCCCGACUCACCUUACUUUGGCGCCUCUAUUUUCAUGUAUUUGGCCACGCUUAUUCCUGGAUCUACCGGCAUGUAGGUCCUUACAGGCGUUGGAGUGAUAGUUUACUCUUUGGUACCAACACGUGUAUUGAUAAUGCGAUUAAGAACCGGAAGUACCUUCACAGUGUACCCGACCGGCCAUUGGAAUGAAUUCAAGUCUAACAAGAAUCAAUUAUUAC